CCCUCUUGGUGCGGAAGUGUUGUCCUCAGGAGCAGCAGCAGAGCCUGAGCUGCCACUGUUUGGAGCCACACUACGCUAGCUCAGUGGCAGGUUUUUCGUACGUCCGUGUCUCUCCUGUUGGGACUUGUCAGCGCUCGUCUUGUCCGCGCAUCAUAGCAGUAUUAUGCGAGCGCCGUCCGGAGUGUGGGAGCACCGUGUGAAGUGAGUUUUCUUGAAUCAUCUAUAUGGGCCAUCUUCUCUCGAAAAAUGGUUACCGCCUGAAGAAGAAGACACGCAAGUUGCAUCACAGGAAGAAGAAGAAGAGGAACUGUUUCUUGCAGCUGCCUUGCAUGCUGUGCUUCAUUGUCCACGGCAACAGCAGCGGUAUUGACGACGACAGCGACCAUUUGGAGACCGGUGUCAACGGUAGCGUGUGUCGUCACAACAGCAUCACCGGAAUCAGUGUUCCUGGUGUGGGUGGAGUUGGCAUCGGAGCAGCAGCUGCCUCGAAGCUAGCUGAGCGAUACGCAACACUCGCAUCUCCUGAGGAUUGCUCCAGGUUGUUGUUGUCACCCCGGGAGCUGGCUAUCUGGGAGGGCCAAGGGAACAGCCUUUUAUCAGCCGUUCCUGCCAAACUUAUUCCUCCACCGGCACUUUUCCGAACCGCUGGGGUGUCUGUGACCGUACCCAUACCUUUGCCUGUGCCUAGCUGCACCAGCGACUACACUGAGAUGGUGUGUAAGAGGAAGUGCUCAGAGGUGCAGAGGUGCACCCCCUGCAAGCAGCCACGCUGCGCCUUCGCUGCCCCUGACGGAGGGCUGGAGAACGGAGGAGUGGGAGGAGGUGGGGGAGAGGCCGCCUCGAAUUCCGAAACUGGCCACUGCCACCUUCCCCUCUGUCCGCUUCCUUCCUCCUCCGCUUCUUCUUCCUCUGCCUCCUCCUCUACCUCCUCACCUGCUGAUGGCUGCUGCGGGUUGGGUCUUCAUGCUGAUUUGCCCCACAGUUCAGACUCGUCCCCCUGCUGCCUGCAUCAUUAUGACGACUGCCAGGCGAGAAGUUCUGAUGCUGCUGAUAACUUAAGUAUCAACCACCUGCCUUCCUCCAUCCUUCUAAAGGUGCUCUCCCACUUGACCGUGAAGGAACGCUGUCUGUGUGCCUCUCUGGUUUGUAAGUACUGGAGGGACCUCUGCUUGGACUUCCAGUUCUGGAAGCAAAUCGACCUCAGUGGCCUACAACAAGUAAACGAUGAUCUCCUGGUGAAAAUAGCUUCUCGCAGGCAAAAUGUGACAGAGAUUAACAUCUCUGAUUGCCGAGGGGUCUAUGACCAUGGUGUGGCAUCCCUGGCCUCACACUGUCCAGGCCUGCAGAAGUACACCGCAUACCGCUGUAAGCAGCUUGGUGACAUGUCCCUGUCGGCCUUGGCUACACACUGCCCUCUGCUGGUGAAGGUGCAUGUGGGCAACCAGGACAAACUAACAGAUGAAGCACUAAAAAAGAUGGGAGAGCACUGCAGUGAGCUAAAGGACAUCCACUUGGGUCAGUGCUACAGUAUCACAGACGAGGGCAUGGUGGCCUUGGCUAGAGGAUGCCGUAAACUGCAGAGACUCUACUUGCAAGAGAACAAGCUGGUCACUGAUCGGUCCGUGCGAGCGGUUGCAGAGCAUUGUCCUGAGCUGCAGUUUGUUGGCUUCAUGGGAUGCCCUGUGACCUCUCAAGGGGUCAUCCAUCUUACUGCGCUACGAAACCUGAAUGUCCUGGACCUGCGGCACAUCUCAGAACUCAACAAUGAGACUGUGAUGGAGGUGGUGAGGAAAUGUCACAACCUCAGUUCCCUCAACCUCUGCCUCAACUGGAGCAUCAACGACAGGUGUGUGGAAAUCAUCGCCAAGGAGGGGAGAAGUCUGAAGGAGCUCUAUCUUGUGUCUUGUAAAAUCACAGACCACGCUCUGAUAGCCAUAGGCCAGUACAGCAGUACUAUAGAGACUGUGGAUGCCGGCUGGUGUAAGGACAUCACAGACCAGGGAGCCACACAGAUCGCUCAGAGCAGCAAGUCCCUCCGCUACCUGGGCCUCAUGAGAUGUGACAAGGUGAACGAGGAGACGGUGGAGAGGCUGGUGGUCCAGUACCCUCACAUUGUUUUCAGCACAGUGAUGCAGGACUGCAAGAGAACCCUGGAGAGAGCUUAUCAAAUGGGCUGGAGCCCCAACACAUCGAACACUUCGUAGCUACUGCUGGAUCACACACAGACACACAUACAUACACACACAAACACAGAGGCCCUUUUUGUGUACAGACACAUACACAAUAUUUGAAACUCAGUCAUGUUUGCUUCUCAUCCACGAUUAAUACAUGCAUGUGAACAUGUAGCUACACACUCACAGAGAAAGGUCCAUUCAAGUGUUUCAUUUGAAGCAAAUCUCCCAUUUUAAUCAUUUAAGUAAAUAUGGGGCUCUUGGUAUUUUGUAAUUAAAUGAGACUUCAUACACCACCACUUGUUGGUUUUAGUCACCUUGACUGAAUCGUCCUCAGAGUUGUUUGUUCGGACUGGUCUUGAACACGUGAAAAAGAUUCAAACUAACGCAUCAUUAAAUCAAAGACGUUCAGCGAUGGUCGGACCAGAAUUGUUUUUAAUGAGAAUAGAUUAAAAAUGGUUUGUCGCCUCCAACUGGAACGCGAUGUUCCCGAGCACUGCGCCCUCUGCAGUGUUUACUCUUCAAACUGAAUUCAACUGCUGCAGUAAGAUAGCACUAGACAGAGCAGAGACUUGGAAAUCCGGAGAUGACAUCCCACAACUUCAGUCCGGAAGACAACUGAGCUGCCAGAGCUUCAGACCUUACUUGAGGCAUUUUGAGAAAUCUGUGAUGUUUAUUUUCUCCAUUUAGAAGAUUUUUCUUUUCUUGGAUGUUCAGUACAGUGUUAAAGGCAUUCGUGGACUCUUGCGUGUGUGUUGGAUUGUUGACAAGGCUCCCAUUUGAAGGACAGAGCUCUUUUCUGUGACUUAUUAUGCACAUUGUCAUGGUACAGAAGAAAAAUUCAGGCCAGGGUCAGUCAAACUCCUGGCAAAUGCAUGGCAGGAAAACAGCAUUGAUUACUUCUCCAAAACUGCAUGUUUACAUAGUGACUCUCUAUGGCUUGGGAACAAUGCAGUUUUUGAUGCCAUGCACAUAUUUAGCAUUGACUGAGUAUCACCUUGAGUCAGCACAGAAUAAAAUCAAACAGUGAUUUAAAUAGAAGUUGCCUUUACUGAAAAACCCUGGGUCAGAAUAUUAACCACAACCGCCAUGAUGACAGGUAAGAUGAAACGUUGCCUUAAGUGGUUAGUAGGUAAUUGCCAUCCAAUUAGCAACCUGAAAUUGACCCAGAAUUUACUAAAGAAAUGUUUAUGUGCUCUGAGUUUAUCUGAUACCAUAUUCUCAUUAUUUGAUCUGUUAUAUACAUAUAAAUAAAUACUGUGUUGGAUUUAUUUAGCCUAAUAUCAGUUUUGAACAUAUACUUGUAACAUUAUCUAUGUAGCAAUGCAAUGAGGGAUUUAUCUUUGUUAGUGAUGUAGGAUGUAAAGAAAACAUUGGAGUGGGCCUAUAACCAGGGCCAGUAGAAAUAGGUAGGUAAGACUCUAUUCUAUAGAAACUCAGUAGUGUACAGUUAAAAAUGCAAAUAACCAGGGUAUUUUUCUAUGGUGUGAACCAGCUCUGGGCUCAGCCUCCACACACUGUCACUCAGAUAUGAACAAAAGACUGAGCUUAGGAUUUGAGUAGAAUGGUAAACUUUCUACAGCAUAUAGAGAUUUCAGACAAUUAAAAACAUGUUAAUUUUACCCUUGUCAAGAUUUGUAGACUUUAAUCGAUGGGGAGUCUCUCUCUCAGCCUGUUUUUGUUCUGUUUCUGUUCUUUUGUAAUCCCCAUAUGCACUUUCUUCUCUGCUAGAUGUUGACACACUUGAUUCCUGAUUUGUUAAGGCAACCGUAAAUGACUGGAUUUACAUAAAGAUGAAUAAAACACUACUACUUCAAGCUA